AUGAAGUUUCAAUCGCUUGCAGCCCAUGUCUCUCUCGUCCUCUCGCUCCUGUCCUUGCCUCUUAGUGUCUCUGCUGCACUGUACGGGAAGGCGGCAGACUUACCAAACGUCUCUUAUGACUUUAUCAUUGUUGGCGGCGGCGUCGGUGGUAGCGUUCUUGCCAACCGUCUGACGGAAAAUCCGUCCGUCAAGGUUCUUGUUCUCGAGGGGGGUUCCUCGAACGAGAAUGCUUUCGAAACCGAAGUACCCUUCUUCGUAACGCGGAUUCCCGCUGAGUACACCUGGAAUUAUACAACCACACCUCAAGUAGGGAUGCACAAUGCCGAAAUCCCAUUCCCUCGGGGGUUCGUACUAGGCGGAAGUAGCUCCAUUAACGGAAUGUUCUAUACUCGCGGAUCGUCGGACGACUUUGACCGCUACGCAGAGGUCACUGGAGACUCGGGCUGGACAUGGAACAAUGUUCAGACAUACUUCCGACGCAACGAGAAAUGGACAGCCCCAGCUGAUGGACACGACACUACAGGCCAAUACGAUCCGUCAAUCCAUAGCACUACUGGCGUGACUUCAUUCAGUCUUUCUGGCCAUCGCCAAGCUCUCGAUCCGAUGGUUUUUCAAGCCGGCCAGGAACUAGGGGGUAUCUUCGACUUUAAGCUUGACUACAAUGACGGUCGUCCUCUUGGAUUGGGUUGGCUUCAAGCAGCUAUCGAUGGCGCGCGUCGAAGCAGUGCAGCAACAUCCUACCUCGGCCCGCAAUUCAUCAAUCGACCUAAUCUACACGUCCUCGUUGGUGCCAGAGUUUCUCGGAUACUGAAAACUGGGUCCGGUUCUGCUUUCCAAACCGUCGAAUACACACAAGACGUUGUUAAUGGACCCUUAAGCACCAUCAGUGCAUCGAAGGAAGUUCUCCUCGCUGCGGGUGUCAUCGGCACUCCCCAGAUCCUCCUCAACUCUGGAAUAGGUGACUCGAACUACCUGUCAUCAAUUGGGAUCACACCGCUCGUCAACCUUCCUAGCGUUGGCCGGAAUUUGACUGAUCAACCAACGACUGGCUGCCUCUGGAGUGUACGAAGCGAUGCAGACACGUUUGACCCUGUUUUCCAAGACGAAAACGUGUUGGACAGCGCGAUGGCUGAGUGGAACAACGAUGGGACCGGCCCCUUGGUUGUAACACCUAUCGGACAGGUCGCGUUCUUCCGCUUGAACGAGACCGAGCUCACUGAUCUCGGCGUCCCUUCGGGUGUGGACUACGCUGCGGGGCCCAACACGCCGCACCUGGAAAUGGCUAUCGGUAACGGGUUUGUGUCCCCCACCCCACCCCCAGGCAAAUGGCUUACCAUUUCCACCAACCUUGUUUCUGCAACUUCACGUGGCUCGGUUACACUUGACACAACUGGAGGUCUCAACGCCUUCCGGGCACCUCACAUCGACCCGGCAUUUUACACCACCGACUGGGAUAUCAAGGCCAUGCGCGAAGCAGUAAAAGCCGCAAAGCGCUUCGUGUCCGCUCCUGUGUUCCAAAACUACGUCGUCGAAGCCUUGGGCUCGCUCGCUACUGCAGACUCAGAUGAGGAGAUUGAGGAAUAUAUCAGGAGUAACAGUGGAACCACGGCUCACCCCGUUGGAACAGCAAGCAUGUCUCCGAGGGGUGCUCAGUGGGGCGUUGUAGACCCCGAUUUGAAGAUGAAGGGCGGUGUCCAGGGUGUCAGAAUUGUAGAUGCCUCCGUCUUCCCUUACAAUCCUAGCAUGCACACGAUGGCACCAACUUAUGUUAUUGCUGAACGUGGCGCCGAUCUUAUCAAAAACAGUUGGAACUUGUGA